CCCCUUGGGAUGGCUAGGAGACCGGAAGGCUGGCCCGGCAUGCCCCGGGUUUCCGGUGCCCUCUGGCCCUUCUCUGUCGCCCGCUCACUCGCUCGCUAUUCCUGCUGUGCGCUGGCUGGCGUGUUCGCUCCAGGACUGGGGCGACCGAGGAGGAGCGGCGGCUGAGGAGUGGAAAGAUCGUCAUGGCCGCCUCUAAGCCCCUGGAGACGGCGGUGGCAGCGGUCCCCAGCGCCGGGGUUGGGGUGGGGAAUGGAGCAGUGGAUCCCGGCGCGGGGGGCCUGCCUCGCUGGCAGCUGGCGCUGGCGGUCGGGGCGCCGCUCAUCCUGGGCGCGGGCGCCGUGUACCUGUGGAGUCGGCAGCGACGACGGCGGGACACGGGCAGCGGCGGCCGUGGCGAUGCCGGAGGCGGAGGCGUGAAACGGAACAGCGAGAGAAAGACCCCGGAGGGCAGGGCCAGUCCAGCCCCGGCCGGGGCUGGCAGCGGCCACCAGGACGGCACCGGCGCCCACGAGGAGAUGAGCCCCCUCGAUAGAGCCCAAGCAGCAAAGAACAAAGGCAACAAGUAUUUUAAAGCAGGAAAAUAUGAACAAGCCAUUCAGUGCUAUACAGAGGCCAUCAGUUUAUGCCCCACAGAGAAAAAAGCUGACCUUUCUACAUUUUAUCAGAACAGAGCUGCUGCAUUUGAACAGUUGCAAAAGUGGAAAGAGGUGGCACAAGAUUGUACAAAGGCUGUUGAGCUUAAUCCCAGAUAUGUGAAAGCUCUUUUUAGACGUGCAAAAGCCCAUGAGAAACUAGAUAAUAAGAAAGAGUGUUUAGAAGAUGUCACAGCCGUUUGUAUUUUAGAAGGCUUCCAGAACCAACAAAGCAUGCUAUUAGCUGAUAAAGUUCUUAAACUUCUUGGGAAAGAAAAGGCCAAAGAAAAAUACAAGAAUCGUGAGCCUCUGAUGCCAUCUCCACAGUUUAUCAAAUCUUACUUUAGUUCCUUCACUGAUGACAUCAUCUCUCAGCCUAUGCUUAAAGGAGAGAAAUCUGAUGAAGAUAAGGACAAGGAAGGGGAGGCAUUAGAAGUAAAAGAAAAUUCUGGAUAUUUAAAGGCCAAACAAUAUAUGGAGGAAGAAAACUAUGAUAAAAUUAUAAGUGAGUGCACAAAAGAAAUAGAUGCUCAAGGUAAAUAUACAGCCGAAGCACUGUUGCUACGAGCCACCUUCUACUUGCUCAUUGGCAAUGCCAAUGCGGCCAAGCCAGAUUUAGAUCAGGUCAUCAGCAUGGAAGAGGCUAACGUGAAGCUUCGUGCAAAUGCCCUGAUCAAAAGAGGCAGCAUGUAUAUGCAACAACAGCAGCCUUUGCUCUCCACUCAGGAUUUUAACAUGGCUGCUGAUAUUGAUCCCCAGAAUGCAGAUGUCUACCACCACCGAGGCCAACUCAAGAUCCUUCUUGAUCAGGUUGAAGAAGCAGUGGCAGAUUUUGAUGAAUGUAUUAGAUUACGACCUGACUCUGCCCUGGCUCAAGCUCAAAAGUGUUUUGCACUGUAUCGUCAAGCUUACACAGGAAAUAAUUCUACACAAGUCCAGGCAGCUAUGAAAGGCUUUGAGGAUGUCAUAAAGAAAUUUUCAAGAUGUGCUGAAGGCUAUGCAUUGUAUGCCCAGGCACUAACAGAUCAACAACAAUUUGGUAAAGCAGAUGAAAUGUAUGAUAAAUGUAUUGACUUGGAACCAGACAAUGCUACAACGUAUGUUCAUAAGGGCUUACUUCAGCUUCAGUGGAAGCAAGAUCUAGACAAAGGCUUGGAGCUUAUUAGCAAGGCCAUUGAAAUUGACAAUAAAUGUGAUUUUGCAUAUGAAACUAUGGGAACCAUUGAAGUGCAGAGAGGAAACAUGGAUAAAGCCAUCGAUAUGUUCAACAAGGCAAUUAACCUAGCCAAAUCUGAAAUGGAGAUGGCACACCUCUAUUCACUUUGCGAUGCUGCCUAUGCUCAGACAGAAGUUGCAAAGAAAUAUGGAUUAAAACCGCCGACCUUGUAAAACAGCUGGGAAGGGAAAAAUGACCCUCUUUUUAGCCCUUUGCCCCCACUUCAACCGAGCCCUACAGACGUGAUCACAGACCGUGGUGAAUGGUGGAACUUUUUUCCGUUUUGUGGUGUUUGUCAUUCGUUACAUCUGUUUAAUGUUUAGGUGUUGUGGGAGUGGCUGUUCAAGGAAUUUCACAGUGUUGAAGCUUAUUCCCUCAUGCAACAGAAAGGGAAAUCAAAAACAGUUGCAAAGGGAACAAAGGAUAUUUUGGCCAUGCAAAUAAAAACUCAGAUUUGUUCAUGGGGGGUGGGAGGGGGAAGAGAGGAGUGAUUAUGUUUUGAAUGAUUUUGUUUUUAUAUAAACAUUUUACAGCAUGUUGGUUUUAAAAAUAAUAUAGCGAGUGCUGCUAUAAAAUUUAUAUGCAUUUAAUCCCUAUGGGUUGAUUAUUAGUUUUUCAAAGGAAAAAAAUAUGGUUUUUUGUUUCUUGUUUUUUCAUUUUUUAAAAGCUAAAUUGAGAGAGAACCUUAAAUGUGAUCAGAGGCAUAGUCCCUUUGCCUUCUGCAUAACCCGAGGAAAGAUCCUGGUGGCAGCUAGCGAUCAAUUUGAUCAUUUCCCACAGCAAUGUGAUAAAGAAGUAUAAAUUGUUCCAAAUCUAAAGCAAACAUGAACUCCCUGUAGUAAAUUAUGCAGAAGCAAAACAUGUGUUUUGAAGGACUUAUAGAAUGGAAAAGUUAGAUGACUUUACUAGUAUUGCUAUUAUGGGGGGAGUAGUCCACUCAAGGGGUAAAGUGAAGUGGUUUUUAAAGGCCUAAGACUAUUUUCUGAACUCGGUACUGCUAGAUUUAAUGGUGUACACUUUUAAAGGAAAUUCAAAUGCUUGUUUAUGUAUAUAACCUAAAUAAAAAUGGAAUGUGUGUGAUACAUGGAAAUACUUGAUUUCAAAUAGUUAGUAAAGGAAAUUUGGUAAAGGCAUGUGCAUAUAUUAAGGACUUAUUGCCAAGAACAUUAGUAUUUCCUCAAAUGGCAAGUGUUUGAGUGUUUCACCAAGUUAUAGCAACAGUUAGAAAAAGUACCUUUUCUGAGGCUCUAAUUUUUAUGUAAAUGUAUGUGUGAGUAUGUAGGAUGCCUUUAGUUUUUAAUUCAAUGAGCCCUUUGUGAGCUCCUGAGUGCCAAUAUUUAGGAAUUUGUUUAUAAUUUUGGAAACCUGAACAUCUGUUUACAUUUUUAUCCUCACUCAACCUGCAACCCAUACUUCAAUUCAUUGUGUAUUCCUGGUUGUCAUUUUUAUUCAAACUGUCCUUUUUGGUUUUAAUGCAAAUUUGCUAGCAAAUUUCAUUGCUUGGGUUUCUCUCUCUCUCUUUUUUUUAACAGUGAUUCAUUGCACCUUAGAGAACACAUGCCAUGAUGCAGUAGGGCUCUGUGCCAUCCCUUCUGGAAAACUAAAAUCUUUUUCCUGUGCAGGGUCUUGGGUGAGGGGACUUUCUUAUCCAAAGGGCCAGCAUUCACUGGGUGCUUAUACUUCUGAAACCAAAUACACUUUAUGGUCCUGCUUUCACAGUUGGCAUACCUCCUGGCUUAGGAGAUCUAGAAGAGGCCAUGGGCGUAAGAUAGCAAGCACAAAGUGAACCAUGUUUGACAGCCAGGAUAGUGACAUAGCAGAUCUAAGGGCUCUCUCCAUUUUUGGUCUUUAAAUUAUGCACUUCUAGGACAACCACUGCUGACUUCAAGAGGGUUAUUUAGCCCCAACUUAAAAUUCCACUUAUUCUCUGAAAGAGUUUUUAUUCGCAUGGCCUUACUUUUCAUUGACACUGACAUUUUCUUCUACCCUUCUCCCUUCCCUCCCCCCUGGGGAGGGGUAGAAAGAAACCACACAAAGGAAAAUGACGCAUGUGCCGUUCAAUAUUAUCAUUCCAAAUCCUCACGGACUGUUGCUUGUUCUUAAAAUAUUUGAAACUGCACUGAAAGCUACAUUUGUCUGUAAUUUUUCUUUUGUAAAUGAACUCACAUGUAAAUUCACCAAAUAAAUAUUACAUUCAAGUUUU